CUCUCCCUCUCUUUCUCCAUAUGUCAGUUCUAUGGAGGCAGGAAACCAAUCAAGACUCAUAGAAUUCACCCUUCUAGGAUUCUCCAAAGACCCAGAACUGCAACCCCUUGUAUUUGGACUCUUCCUGUCCAUGUACCUGGUCACUGUGCUUGGGAACCUGCUCAUCAUCCUGGUCAGUGUCUCUGACUCCCAUCUCCACACCCCCAUGUACUUCUUCCUCUCCAACCUGUCAUUGGUGGACAUCUGUUUCACUACCACCAUCGUCCCCAAGAUUCUGAUGGACAUCCAGAGGCAGAACCAAGCCAUCUCUUACCUGGGUUGCAUGAUUCAGGUGUACCUCACCAUGUUAUUUCCCAUCCUGGACACCCUUCUGCUCACUACAAUGGCCUAUGGCCGCUUUGUGGCCAUCUGUCACCCCCUGCAUUACACAGUCAUUAUGAACCCCCAGCUAUGUGGCCUGUUGGUUUUGCUCACCUGGGUUGUUGGCCUCCUGACCUCCCUCCUUCAUAUGUCACUGAUGGUGGACCUGAACUUCUGCGAUGAUUUGGAAGUUGCUCAUUUCUUCUGUGAACUGACACAGAUCCUCAGGCUGGCCUGCUCGGACACCUUCCUCAACAGUUCACUGAUCUAUUUUAUGACAGGUCUGCUGGGCGUUUUCCCUCUCUUGGGGAUCCUUUUCUCCUAUUGGAGAAUUGCAGCCUGCAUUCAGAGAAUGUCUUCAUCAAGCGGGAAGAAGAAAGCAUUUUCUACCUGUGGGUCUCAUCUGUCAGUGGUGUCCCUCUUCUUUGGGACAGGGGUAGGGGUCUACUUCACGUCAGCCCUGGCUCAGUCUCCACAGAAAGUCUCAGUGGCCUCUGUGAUGUACACUGUGGUCACCCCCAUGCUGAAUCCUUUUAUUUACAGUCUGAGGAACAAGGAUGUGAAAGGGGCCUUGAGGAAAAUCUUCAGCCAAGCUACCUCAUGUCCGUGAUAAACGCAUGGAUUCUGGAACUAAGAACGUUGUUGGUUUUCAUUGCUGAAAUCUUUUAUUCCCAACUUUCUACAUCUCUCUGACUGUCUUAUUAUUCCACCAAGUUCUGGGGGAAGGUAUAUGGUUUCCUCUCUCCCACCUGAGUACAAUUUUUUCUUUCCUUCUUUCUCUUAUUUAUUUCUUUAAUUUAAUUUUUAAGGAGCUUGAUGGUUUUUAUUUAUUUUUAACUUUUAUUAAUGAUGUAAUAAUGAUGAACAAAACUGUAAGAUAUAAUGGGUAUAAUUCCACACAGUUCUCACCACCAGAGUUCCAUCUUCCCUCCCCUCCAUUGCAAACUACCUUAUUUUUUAUCUUUCUGGGAGUAUGGGAUAAACUUACUUAUGGGGUGCAGAAAGUGGAAGGUCUGACUUGUACAGUUGCUUCUUAGCUGGACAUGGACUUUGUCAGGUGGGUCCCUACCCCUAGAUUGUUUUUAUCUUUCCCCAGUGGGGCAGGGCUCUGGGGAG